AUGAAGGUUCAGGUCACCCUGACAGAUUUAUUUUAUGAUGCUCAGCAUCUCUCAGAGCUGAGGAUUGUGUUAAUGGGGUAUAAACUUGCUGGUAAGAGUUCAACAGGAAACAGCAUCCUGGGCAGAGAGGAGUUUGACUUGAAGAGAUCUGCUCAUUGUGUGAAGCGAUAUGGAGAAGUAGCAGACAGACACAUCACUGUCAUUGAAGCUCCAGGAUUGUGGAUGGAUGUUCCUGUAGAGUUCAGCUCUGAGUUACUGAAGCAGGAGAUUUUGCUCAGUGUGUCUCUGUGUGUCCCAGGACCACAUGCUGUACUACUGAUCAUACGUGUGGAUAUUGGAUUUAAAGAGAAUGAGAGAAAAGUAUUGCAGGGGCAUCUGGAUCUUCUCGGUGAGAGAGUCUGGAGUCACACUAUAGUGCUGUUCACUCAUGGAGACUCUCUGUUAGACACAUCUAUAGAGCAGCACAUUGAGAGUGAAGGGCAGGAUCUCCAGUGGCUGCUGGACAAAUGUGGGAACAGGUAUCAUGUUCUCAACAAUCAGAACAGGAGUGACCACACUCAGAUCAAGGAGCUGCUGGAGAAGAUUGAGGAGACAGUGGCACAAAACAACAGCUGCCAUUUUGAAAUAGGUAGAACUAUUUUACAGGAGUUGAAAGAGAGAAGAAGAGCAGAGAAAGAGAGAGCAGAAGAACGAAAGAAGAGGAUGAAAAAACAGAGAGAGGACAUUAGAUCACAGAUGAGUGAAACUCAACAUCUCUCAGAGCUGAGGAUUGUGUUAAUGGGGUAUAAACUUGCUGGUAAGAGUUCAACAGGAAACAGCAUCCUGGGCAGAGAGGAGUUUGACUUGAAGAGAUCUGCUCAUUGUGUGAAGCGAUAUGGAGAAGUAGCAGACAGACACAUCACUGUCAUUGAAGCUCCAGGAUUGUGGAUGGAUGUUCCUGUAGAGUUCAGCUCUGAGUUACUGAAGCAGGAGAUUUUGCUCAGUGUGUCUCUGUGUGUCCCAGGACCACAUGCUGUACUACUGAUCAUACGUGUGGAUAUUGGAUUUAAAGAGAAUGAGAGAAAAGUAUUGCAGGGGCAUCUGGAUCUUCUCGGUGAGAGAGUCUGGAGUCACACUAUAGUGCUGUUCACUUAUGGAGACUCUCUGUUAGACACAUCUAUAGAGCAGCACAUUGAGAGUGAAGGGCAGGAUCUCCAGUGGCUGCUGGACAAAUGUGGGAACAGGUAUCAUGUUCUCAACAAUCAGAAAAGGAGUGAUGACACACAGAUCAAGGAGCUGCUGGACAAGAUUGAGGAGACAGUGACACAAAACAACGGCUGCUAUUUUGAAAUAGACAGAAAGAUUUUGCAGGAGAUUAAAGAGAGAAGAAGAGCAGAGGAAAAGAGAGCAGAAGAACGAACGAAGAGGAUGAAAAAACAGAGAAACGACAUCAGAUCACAGAUGAGUGAAGCCCAACAUCUCUCAGAGCUAAGGAUUGUGUUAAUGGGGUAUAGAGCUGCUGGUAAGAGUUCAGCAGGAAACACCAUCCUGGGCAGAGAGGGGUUUGACUUGAAGAGAUCUGCUCAGUGUGUGAAGAGACAUGGAGAAGUAGCAGACAGACACAUCACUGUCAUUGAAGCUCCAGGAUGGUGGAGGAAUUACACUGUAGAGUUCAGCUCUGAGUUACUGAAACAGGAGAUUUUGUUCAGUGUGUCUCUGUGUCCUCCAGGACCACACACUGUACUACUGAUCAUACGUGUGGAUACUAGAUUUAAAGAGAUUCACCGAAAAUCAGUGCAAGGACAUCUGGAUCUUCUCAGUGAGAGAGUCUGGAGUCACACUAUAGUGCUGUUCACCUGUGGAGACUCUCUGUUAGACACAUCUAUAGAGCAGCACAUUGAGAGUGAAGGGCAGGAUCUCCAGUGGCUGCUGGACAAAUGUGGGAACAGGUAUCAUGUUCUCAACAAUCAGAACAGGAGUGACCACACUCAGAUCAAAGAGCUGCUGGAGAAGAUUGAGGAGACAGUGGCACAAAACAACGGAUGCCAUUUUGAAAUAAACAGAAAGCUCUUGCAGGAGAUUAAAGAGAGAAGAAGAGCAGAGGAAGAGAGAGCAGAAGAACGAAUGAAGAGGAUAAAAAAACGAAGAGACAACAUCAGAUCACAGAUGAGUACGUGUAAAUUUACUGAAACUUGAGUCACAACAACAGCUGAACAACCCAAAAAAGAUACUACUGAUAUAUACAUAUAGGCAGAGUGUUUACAAUAUAUAUA